AUAUCUUCCAUGUCCUCCCGGCCCCAUAAGCCUUCCCUCUAUCUGCUCUCUCUUCCCCCUCCGCCCCCAAAUCCCAUCCCAUCCCAUCCAUCCAAUUAACUCCCCCUAACGACUUUAAAAAUCUAAAUAAUCAAUUCCGUAUCCUUCACGGGUAGCAGGAAAAAACAGCAACCAUCUCUCCCACUAUAUAAGCCCGAUAUCCCCUCCUCACUUUCCACAACCUCCGCAAGCCAAACCAAAAGGGCCGGCGAGCUCCAAACACCCAUUUCAAAUCCAGAGGGUUCGCCGGAAACAAUGGCAAGAUCCGACCUUUAUUCCCUCUUCUUCCUCCUCUGUCUUCUCUCUUUCAGGUCUGUUUCGGCGCAAAGCCCCGUCUUUGCGUGCGACAUCGAUGGGAAUCCAAGCCUAGCAAAUUUCGCCUUCUGUAAUCGGAGUCUGAAUAUCGAUUCCAGAGUGAAGGAUUUAGUUGGGAGGCUUACAUUGCAAGAAAAGAUUGGAUUUUUGGGCAAUAAGGCUGGUGCUGUGCAGAGGCUGGGGAUCCCGAGCUACGAAUGGUGGUCGGAGGCGCUUCAUGGGGUUUCUUAUGUUGGUCCGGGGACCCAUUUUUCGAGCUUGGUACCUGGAGCGACCAGCUUUCCUCAAGUGAUUUUGACUGCCGCGUCCUUUAACACUUCUUUGUUCACAGCGAUUGGAAAGGUGGUUUCGACGGAAGCUCGAGCAAUGUACAAUGUCGGGCUGGCUGGACUCACAUUCUGGAGCCCGAACGUGAACAUAUUUCGAGAUCCUCGGUGGGGGAGAGGGCAAGAGACCCCCGGCGAGGAUCCGUUGUUAUCGAGCAAAUACGGUUCUUCAUAUGUUAAAGGCUUGCAGGAAGCUGAUGAACAUGAUAAGCUCAAGGUUGGGGCCUGCUGCAAGCAUUAUACUGCUUAUGAUGUUGAUAAUUGGAAGGGGGUACAGCGCUACAGCUUUAACGCAAUUGUGACAAAGCAGGAUCUGGAUGACACCUUCAAUCCGCCAUUCAAGAGCUGUGUGAUUGAUGGGAACGUGGCGAGUGUGAUGUGCUCUUACAACCAGGUUAAUGGAAAGCCCACUUGUGCUGAUUCUGAUCUACUUGCUGGAACCAUUAGGGGGAACUGGAAGCUUAAUGGAUAUAUAGUUUCUGAUUGUGAUUCAGUUGAUGUGCUCUACAAUACCCAACAUUACACUAAGACUCCUGAGGAUGCAGCAGCUAUAACCAUCAAAUCUGGACUUGAUCUUGACUGUGGAUCGUUCCUGAGCCAGCAUAGCCAGGCUGCAGUCCAGGCUGGGAAACUGACCGAGGCUGACAUCAAUCGAGCGAUCACGAACAACUUCGCUACCCAGAUGAGACUCAGGUUCUUCGAUGGCAAUCCAAGAAAGCUUCCAUACGGCGGGCUGGGUCCUAGCGAUGUCUGCACCAAAGAUAACCAGGAGUUGGCCCGCGAAGCCGCAAGACAGGGUAUCGUCUUGCUCAAGAACUCCAAGAAUACCCUCCCUCUCAAUCCCUCCUCCAUGGGUUCCCUCGCAGUCAUUGGCCCCAACAUUAAUGUCACCAAGACCAUGAUCGGUAACUAUGAAGGAACGCCGUGCAAGUACACAACACCUCUGCAGGGUUUGAUUCAAGCAACCUCGAACUCAAAGGUCACGGCCAUCGCCGGCUGCUCGGAUGUCAGCUGCUCAGCGAACGGAUUCCAACUAGACCCAGCGAAGCAGGCGGCAGCACAGGCCGAUAUCACCGUCCUCAUCGUCGGCGCCGAUCAAUCCAUCGAGCGCGAGGGCUUCGACAGAACAGACCUCAACCUCCCCGGACAGCAGACCAUCCUUGUUCAAGAGGUCUCCAAAGCCGCUAAAGGCUUGGUGAUCCUCGUCAUCAUGUCCGGCGGGCCGUUCGAUGUAUCGUUUGCGAAGAACAAUGAUAAAAUCUCGAGCAUUCUUUGGGUCGGGUACCCUGGUGAGGCUGGUGGUGGCGCAAUUGCCGAUGUUUUGUAUGGAAAGUUUAAUCCAAGUGGGAGGUUGCCGGUGACUUGGUACCCUCAAUCAUUCGCCGACAAGGUUCCGAUGACUGAUAUGCGUAUGAGGCCGGAUUCAUCGACGGGCUACCCUGGCAGGACUUACAGGUUCUACACCGGCGAUGUGGUCUAUUCGUUUGGAGAUGGAUUGAGCUACACGAGCUUCAAACACAGUCUUGUAAAUGCUCCCAAGCACGUCUCCAUUCCUCUUGAAGAGGGACAUGAAUGCCGAAAACAGAGCUGCCGUUCCCUCGAUGUUGCAGAUAGUUUGUGCCAGAAUCUGGCUUUUGAUGUUCACAUGAGAGUGGAGAACAGUGGAGCCAUGGCCGGAGGGCACACGGUUUUUCUCUUCUACACGCCGCCGGCGGUGCAUAAUGCGCCGAGGAAGCAUUUGUUGGGGUUCGAGAAGUUGAAGCUGGAGCCGAAGGCUGCGGGGAAUGUGGUGUUCAGUGUGGACUUCUGCAGGGAUAUGAGUUUGGUGGAUGAGAUGGGGAAUCGGAAAGUGGCGUUGGGAUCUCAUGUGCUUCAUGUGGGAGAUUUGAAACAUUUCUUGACCGUUGGAGUUUGAGGGUUUGGGGUGAAAAUUGGAUUUGCUAGUGAAUAAGUGGAGCUUCCGAAGGAAAUCAAGAAUUUAUUUCCUUGGAAGUUAGUUGAUUGAUUUGUAACCUUGAAGAAGGUUUAUUGUAUUCUUCAUUCAUCCAAUUCUAAUUUGAAUCCAAUUUAAAGGAAAUUUAGCGGAUUAAUUGAUAUCAAGUGGCUUCUUUUGGUUUGUGAG